AUGAUGAUGUGGUCCAAUGGCCGAAGAAGCAAAAGUCUCAUCGCCUACACCCAGGUUGAGGACGAGACGAACGCUGACGCCCCGAAGAAAGAAGACUUUACCUUUUCCCAGCCAACUGAGCUCUCGGGGCCGUGGGGUUCCAAGGUGCCCGCAAGAUUUUAUUACCUUUUGGUACUGCAAAGCUUCGUAAUUGUUGUCCUUUUACUCUAUAUCACAAUCAAACAAAGGCCUGGCGAUGCGGCAUGCGCAAGACAGCUUUCUCCUUACUCACCGUAUCUAGAGUCCGGCGACUUGGAGUAUGAGGAGUUUACAGAUCAAAAUCACUUAAUGCAACCAUCGCCGUAUCGAGGUCAACCCAACCCAGAGGUUGAAGAGGCAUGGAUACGGUUGUGGCGUGUACCACCAAUUCAUUUUCCGGAAGACAAGCUGGAGGCUCUGAACAAAACACCGGCUGAAAACUACGAACACGUCUCGAAACACUUGGGGGGCGGCGUCAAAGGCUUCUUGAACGUUUUCCACCAACUUCAUUGCCUGAACUUCGUGCGGCAAUACACGUACCGCGAUGCAUACGACUACAGCAACGUGACCACAUUUCGGGCGAGCAAGGAGAUUGUUCGCGGUCAUGUGGAUCACUGCAUAGAAACCCUACGCCACUUCCUCAUGUGUCAAAGUGAUGUUACACCGGUGGUGUUCGAGAAAGAUCCGUCUCGGCCGUCAGGGUCCAAAAGUGACUUCAACAUGAGGCGCAAAUGCAGGAACUUCGGAAAGAUUCAAGCUUGGACAGUUGCGAACAAAGGUGUUUGA